AACACGGAAACAGCAUGGCGGCCAACAGCAGCUCCGACAGGCAACGAGCUGCACAGCAAAGACUACAAAUAAUCGCCGGGCAUUUACAGAGACCCACAAACUACCAACCAGACAUUACAGCUGCCGAAUGCAAGGCCCAGGAGGGUAACCCCAAUGUCUCUAACGAGGAGCGGACCGUCCCGAGGAGGAGACAGGACAUUAUGAAAUGGAAUGGUUGGGGUUAUAGUGACUCAAGAUUUCUGUUUAACAAGAAGGGUCAAGCAGAAUUCACAGGCAAAAGGUAUCGACUAAGUGGUAUGAUCAUUCCUGGGCUCAAAGACUGGAUGGAAGGCACAUUUGGAGCAAGUCUUCAGCACAAAGCUCCUGCAACACCUAUACUAAAUAGCACUGCUGUGCAGCCAGCAACUAUUAAUGAGGCCUUUGUGGAAGAAGUCAAAGCUACAACUAUUCCAUUCUCAGUUGAAGCAGAAGACCGAGUGUUUCGUGCCCAUGGACAUUGCUUACAUGAGAUCUUUGCCCUGCGAGAAGGAAAGAUUGGCCGUGUUCCUGAUAUGGUUGUGUGGCCAAGUUGCCACAGUGAUGUUGUUAAAAUUGUAGAAUUGGCUUCUAAACACAAUGUAUGUUUGAUACCAUAUGGAGGAGGAACAAGCGUCUCCAGUGCCCUAGAGUGCCCCCCAGAGGAAACUCGAUCUAUUGUGUCCUUGGACACCUCUCAGAUGAAUCGCAUCUUGUGGAUCGAUGAGAAAAACCUCACUGCCCAUGUAGAAGCUGGUAUUGUGGGUCAGGAUUUGGAAAGACUGCUUAAUGAGAGUGGUUACUGCACAGGACAUGAGCCUGACUCCAUGGAGUUUAGUUCCCUGGGAGGCUGGGUUGCAACCAGAGCAUCAGGCAUGAAGAAGAACAUCUAUGGCAAUAUUGAAGAUCUGGUGGUCCAUGUAAAGAUGGUGACCCCACGAGGUGUAAUAGAGAAGAGCUGUCAGGGCCCUCGAAUGUCCACCGGCCCAGAUGUCCACCACUUCAUUAUGGGCUCUGAAGGAACCCUGGGUGUGGUUACCGAGGUUACACUGAAGAUCCGACCCAUGCCAGAGUAUCAGAAAUAUGGAUCUGUUGUAUUUCCUAAUUUUGAGCAAGGUGUUGCUUGCCUACGAGAGGUUGCCAAACAGAGAUGCGCACCAGCUUCAAUACGACUCAUGGAUAAUGAACAAUUUAAAUUUGGGCAUGCACUGAAACCCCAAGUAUCUUCAAUUUUCACUUCAUUUUUGGAUGGUUUGAAGAAAUUUUACAUCACAAAGUUCAAAGGCUUUGACCCUAACCGCUUGUGUGUGGCCACCCUGUUGUUUGAGGGAGACCAUGAGAAGGUCCUGCAGCAUGAAAAACAAGUGUAUGACAUUGCUGCGAAAUUUGGGGGCCUGGCAGCUGGUGAGGACAAUGGGCAGAGGGGCUACAUGCUGACCUUCGUCAUCGCGUACCUUCGGGACUUGGGGAUGGAAUAUUACGUAAUUGGUGAAUCCUUCGAAACCUCUGUGCCUUGGGACAGGGUCUUGGACAUUUGCCGAAAUGUAAAAGCACGGAUCAUUCGAGAGUGUAAAGACAAAGGAGUGCAGUUUCCACCGCUUUCCACUUGCAGGGUCACUCAGACGUAUGACGCUGGUGCCUGUGUCUACUUUUAUUUUGCCUUCAACUACAGAGGACUCAGUGACCCAAUCCACGUGUCUGAACAAGUGGAGCAUGCAGCUCGAGAGGAGAUUCUUGCCAAUGGAGGGAGCUUGUCACAUCAUCAUGGAGUGGGGAAACUUCGGAAGGAGUGGAUGAGAGAGACAGUCUCCGAUGUGGGUCUGGGGAUGCUCAAGUCUGUGAAGGACUACGUCGACCCCAAUAAUAUCUUCGGCAACAGGAACCUCCUCUAAUUUCAUUCUCCUGUCCAUCUUUGACUCAUCUUUUCUAACCACAAGUAACAUUGUUGGAUACUAAAUGUGAAUUUAAAAUGGACAGAGAUCUGUUUUUUCAUCAAAAUGUCAUCAGUGCCAUUUAUUGAUUCACCCAAACCUUUUUUUUAAAUAAUAUUGCACUUAAUAUGCUGUAACAAUCAUUUUGUUCAAAUAGAUACAUUUCCACUGUUGUCAUGGCCUUAGACUGUACAGAUAAUAUAAUGUCAUCAAGUUAUCUUUUACAUUACUGUGGCCACUGUAAAACUUGAUCAGUAAUGCAACAGUUUUGAUUUCUCACCUUUACUUGCAUUUACUUUUCUCCUUGCCAAUAGUUACUGAAAGCACCUCAUGUUUAUUCUGACUUCCUGAUGUGUGUGGCACUUCUUUAGUGAUAACUUCUAUGAAUGCACUCUAAAGCUCUGUGCCUCU